AUGGCCACAGCUCCGCAGUACAAGCUCUGCGAUAUCAAGGGACUCCGCAGGGGACAGCUGCGACACCAAGGGACUCCGCAGGGGACAGCUGCGACACCAAGGGACUCCGCAGGGGACAGCUGCGACACCAAGGGACUCCGCAGGGGACAGCUGCGACAUCAAGGGACUCCGCAGGGGACAGCUGCGACACCAAGGGACUCCGCAGGGGACAGCUGCGACACCAAGGGACUCCGCAGGGGACAGCUGCGACAUCAAGGGACUCCGCAGGGGGAAGCUGCGAAACUAAGGAACUCUAGCAAAGUGCAGGCACCUCUACGUGGUGCUAGGGACCAGUAUUCAACUCUCGCUCUGCAGUUGAAGAAGCCAAGACCUGCGCCAACAUCGAUAGACCACUUGUGUAGGCUCCGGCCACGGGCGAAGAGACUGGCAGUAGGGCCAGGAGAGCGCAUUCCAUUGUCUGUUUUCACUCCAAGAUAG